AUGGAUAGAAAGAGAAUAGAUGGGCUUCCUCCUUGGGUUUUGACCCCCAAAGAAGAGAAGGAAGUGUUUGAGAACUGGAAAACAACUACCUAUAAAGCAUGCGACGAUGAUGUCAAAAAGUUUGCAGACUGUGCUGCAUCGUCAGGGUACAGCGCUUGGUUCAAGUGCCGUAAACAAAGCAAAGUGAUGAGAGAUUGCAUCGCCUCCAGACAGGCUACAAAGUAUGUGGAUGAUGAGAGAGACAAGUAUAUUCAGGAAAAAAUACGUCUAUUGCAAGAGCAGGGGAAAAUCCAGCCAACACCAGAUUCCGAUGCAGAACAUCCGACAUCCUCGUACUCAUGGUGGAAAAGGGAGAGAAAUCCCUAA